AUGUUGUUAGUGAUAGCAGUAAAACGCAGUCAUUACAAACUGAAGGUCGUUAGAGUUCUGAAAAUGCUCGAUGAAGGAUUCCAAUCAGCUUCAUUAACAUCUGAAAUUGCUCAAAGCUCAUCAUAUAAUCGUGCUGUGGAUUUGGAGAUAGGAAAUGAUUUAAGUUCUGGUGUUGUAUUCUCAGCAGAUUUUCAUAAGUUCGAUGAUUUAAAGAAUCUAUUAGAUAGUAACAAAGAUGCUAUGAAGUUGAGUGCAAUGAAGCGGAUUAUAGAAAUGGUUGCUAGGGGUAAAGAUUGUUCUGAUCUAUUUCCAGCAGUUGUAAAGAAUGUAGUUUCAAAAGAUAAUGAGAUACGAAAACUUGUUUAUGCCUUUUUAACACAUUAUGCUGAACAAGAACAAGAUAUUGCCUUAUUGUCUAUAUCCACCUUUCAAAGAGCAAUGAAGGAUCCUAAUCAGUUAGUACGGGCUUCAGCUCUUCGUGUUCUAUCAUCAAUUCGUAUUCCAUUAAUCCUACCAAUUGUAACUUUAGCUAUACAAGAUGCUUCUAAAGAUCUUUCUCCAUAUGUACGUAAAACUGCAGCUCAUGCUGUAUUAAAAGUUUAUAGUUUGGAUCCGAAUGAAAAGGAAACGUUAAUCGAAAUCAUCGAUCGUUUAUUGAGCGAUAAAACUACUGUAGUUAUUGGUAGUGCUGUACGCGCUUUCGAAGAAGUUUGUCCUGAUCGAUUAGAUCUAAUACACAAAAAUUAUCGUAAACUCUGCAGUUUAAUUAUGGAUGUUGAUGAAUGGGGUCAAGUGAUUAUACUAACAAUGCUUACACGUUAUGCUAGAACACAAUUUCCAAAUCCAGAAGAGGAGAAAUAUGCAACCUCGAUAAAUCAUGAUAAUAAUCUUACAUUUGAUGAUAUUUCAUCGAUGAGUACUCCUGUAGACGGCAGAGAUGUUAAUAAUGGUGAGGAGACAUCAAAUCUAAUAUCAUUGUAUCUGAAAAUUUAA